AUGGUUAUACAAUGGACUGUUGCAAACUGUGUUUUUGUUAUAUUUGUUUUAUCAUCAAUAAUUAAUAUAUCAGUUCAAAGAAUGAUAACACCAGGUAUUAUGUCAGAAAAUAUAAUUAUUCAUCCUCAAAUGGUUGAAUAUAUGGGUUUUCCACAACCAGCCUUAAAUAGAACAGAAGUAGAAAUUAGAUUUACGUGUCCUACAGAAUCAAAAUUGUUAUUUUAUGCUGAAGCUGUUAUUAGAAGUUCACCAUGUGAUAGAGAAUUUUAUGAUACAACAAAUAAUGAUGCUUCAAAUAUAAAAAAUAUGCUUACUUUUUAUUUUAAUGAUAAUACAUCAAUAGCACCUACAUAUGAUUAUAACGAAUUUAUGUAUUACCGUUCAAAACCAAUGAAAUUUAACUGUGAAGAUUCACAUGGUGCACCAAUGUUUUUAGAACAAUAUGGAAAAGAUGCCAGUGAAUUUCAUAAAAUAAUUUUACAAAAAUUAGAUAAAAACAAAAGAUCUGUACCAAUGUUAAAUGGAAAUACAAUAGAUGGUGGUACAAAUAUAAGAUUGUCUUCAUGGCAUCCAUUAAAAUCGCUACCAAUAGAUGCAAUAUAUUUUCUAAUAAUAAAAAUUACACCUGCUAGUGAAAUUUCAUCUAACAUGACAGAAUCUGUCAAAGUUUAUGUUCAAUGGAGAGCACCUAAUGGUUAUCUUAAUGCCAUAGAUUAUCCACUUCUUAAUUUUUAUAAAUUUAUGGCUAUUAUUUAUUGUAUGAUGUUAUUUGCUUGGUUAUAUUUAUGUUCAAGAAAAUGGAAAGACUUAUUAAAAAUUCAAUUUUGGAUUGGUAUUGUCAUUUUAGUAGGCUUAAUUGAAAAAGCUGUUUUUUUAUCCGAAUUUUCAACUGUUAACGAAACAGGUUUCACUACUGGUGGAAUGAUUGAGUUUGCAGAGAUAAUAUCAGCUUUCAAAAGAACAUUAUCAAGAGUGCUAAUAUUAAUUGUUAGUAUAGGAUAUGGGGUAGUUAAACCACGGUUAGGAGAAACAUUAAAUCAAAUAACUGUUGUAGGUGGCCUUUACUUUGUCUUUUCUGCAAUUGAAGGUCUUAUAAGGACAUCAUGGAAAAGUGCAGAAGCAAUAAAAGAAAGACAAUUUGCAACACUUCCAUUGGUCUUCUUUGAAGUAAUUAUUUUUUGGUGGAUCUUUACAUCUUUGACAAACACUAUAAGAGCACUUAAAAUAAGAAAUAAUGACGUCAAACUUCGAUUAUAUUCAAAUUUUGCUAACAUACUCGGAAUAUCUAUAAUAGCCUCAGUAAUAUUUAUGAUAUGGUUUUUGGUAAAUCAUGUUUUCCGCCAUUGUUUAAUGAAUUGGAAAGAAUUAUGGUUUGAUACAGCUUUUUGGCAUCUUCUAUUUUGUAGUGUAUUAAUAGCAAUCAUGAUUUUGUGGCGUCCUGCAAAUAAUAACCAAAGAUUUGCCUUUACACCUUUAUUAGACGACUCAGAGGAUGAUGGUGAUGAUUCAUUUCCUGUUGGUACAUCUUGUGUGGAAGAUAUUGUUUUAAAAAGAACUAAAGGUAUUGAUGUUAACAGUGAUGUAAUUAAAAAAAGUGAUAUCGAUGAUAAGAUAGAAUCUGAUUUAAAAUGGAUUGAAGAGAAUAUUCCAUCUACAUUUGUAGAACGUUUCUUGCUCGAUGAAACUGAUGAUAUUGAAAAAAAAGAACUUGAAAUGUCGAAAAUUUUGUAA